AAUCAGUCGCAAAAAAGUGCCCGUCGCCAGAACGCUGAAAAAACAGCAAACAAUUGAGAUAAAUAAAUAGAUUCCGAGAUAGAAACAGUGACAGAGUGACACAAAGCAGCCAAAAGCGAGAGCUGCCACAAAAAUCGAAGUGUUUAGGGGAAAACUAUCAAGGAUAUCGCCGAGAGGAUAACGACAGCGCUGCCCCGCAAACGUGCGACCCCCUCCAUCAGUCCAUCAAUCCAUCAGUCCAUCCAGCCAACUAUCCCCAUCCACACAAUCCAGAUAUCCGCGCAUCCAGGAGCGAAUCCAGGAGUGACGACAGCAGCAGGGGCAGGACUCACACACAAGCGAAACAACACAACAAACCCAAAACACACACUCCACAAAGAUGUCAUGGAGAUAUGCGCUUCUCACAGACAGAUACAGCAGCAGUAUCGGCGAUAGAUAUAGUCCCCACUAUUAUCAGUCGCCCAGCCGCCUGGAGACCUCCGAACAGACCACAGGACGCCAGCUGCAGCGAGUCCUGCACUACUCGAUGGCUCCUAGCCGGGCACUUCCAGGAUUAAGGCGCGCCGAGUGCGCCAUCCACGACGUUGACUGUGAUGAGGUCUAUCCGGGCAUCUACAUUGGUGAUGCCGCGGCGGCCAAGAACAAGACGUAUCUGAGAUUGAUGGGCAUCACCCACGUGCUGAACGCGGCCGAGGGAUGUCGGUAUGGCCAGGUGGACACUGGACACAGUUACUACCGGGAUAUGCCCAGCAUCAGACGCAGCCAUAAGGAUUGUGUUUUUAGGUACAUGGGCUUCCCCAUGGUCGACGCCCCAACGACAGACAUCUCGCGCUACUUCUACGUGGCCUCCAAGUUCAUCGACAGCGCCAUCAGCAGCGGCGGCAAGAUCCUGGUGCACUGCCUGGUGGGCAUGUCGCGAUCGGCCACCUGUGUGCUGGCCUACCUGAUGAUCUGCCGGAAGAUGUCGGCGGUGGACGCGAUACGCACGGUGCGGAUGAGGCGCGAUAUCCGGCCGAAUGACGGAUUCCUGCAGCAGCUGGCCGACUUGGACAUGGAGCUCAAGCGCAAGAACCUGUAUCCCUACUAGUUGCAUUCUUCGAGGGACUUGACGGCGAUGGCCUAGGAGACAACCAAAGAUCCAGGGAGAGGAACCGGGGGGGUAAUGGCUUCGCUCUUGAGUGGAUCCUGCAACUAACCAAAAGAAACAAGAAAAAAGAAACAAGAGAAAAGAAAAAAGAUUAUAAUUAUGAAAUGAAAUGAAAAUUGAAAA